GAUCAGAGACAGGGUCCAGUGUAAACUGUGGAUGCUUGACUGUUCUUAGGAAUGCCAUCAGAACAGUUUAUUCGUGGGAUGCUCUAUCUGUCUCUUACCGUGGUCGGAGUCCCAGGUAACAUUGCUGUCAUCCUUGCAUUCCUUCUACUGCUGCACCAAGAGAACCGGCUCCUCCCAGCCGAUGCCAUCGUCCUGCAUCUGGCUUGUGCAAACCUGCUGGUGGUGGGUGUUCGCUGUCUGCUGGAAACCCUUGCUUCCUUCCAGCUGGCUGUAAUCUUUGACGACAUCAGCUGUAAAGCCAUCAUUUUUGUCUACAGAACCUCCCGCUCCCUCUCUAUCUGGCUCACCUUCGUCCUGAGUGCCUACCAGUGUCUGAGCAUUGCCCCUCCGGGAUCACGCUGGGCCUCCAUGCGUCACUUGGUGGACAAGUAUUUGGGUGUUGUGUUCUUCCUCCUCUGGCUUAUCAACACCUGCAUGAGCUCAGGUGCUAUACUCUUUUCCUCUGGCAGACUGAAUAACUCCACCAUGAUAAGCUAUGGCAUUAAUGUGCAAUUCUGUUACGUGAGCUUCCCCUCAAAGCUGUCCAAAGAGGCCAAUGGGGCGGCUCAGGUGGGCAGAGACGUGGUGCCCAUGGCUCUCAUGGCCCUAGCCAGUCUGAUCAUCCUGGUCUUUCUGUACAAGCACAGUCGGCAGGUAAAAGGCCUCCGCAGCAGCAGCAGUGGUGGAGGUGGAGGAGGUGGAGGGGCAGAGAAACGAGCUGCUAAAGCUGUGGUAGCACUUGUGACCUUGUACGUGGUCCUCUAUGGGGUAGACAAUGGGCUAUGGGUGUACACUCUCACUGUGAGAAAAACCAUGACCACCUCACUGAUCUCUGACCUGCGUAUAUUCUUCUCCUCACUCUAUGCAGCACUAAGCCCUGUGGUGAUCAUUGCAUCGAACAGAAAGGUGAAUCGCAGACUGGGGUGUGCAGUGCAGGAGAAACACGUUGAAGAGAGAGUCACAGAUAUCUCUAUGAUGUGAGGCCUGCUGAUGACUCACAGGGGAAGCAAAGAUGAUGUGGGCUUAUCUUUGUUUGAG